AAACGCAUGAUUGGACUGAUAACGGGCAUUUUCGGAAAAGUCAAGUCUAAUAUAUUUUUCUUUGGAAAGAAUAAAAUUGUAGUUUUCAAUGGGGAAGCGUUCCGGUAGCGGUAAAGGUUGCGGAUGUGGUAUAGGAUGUGGGUGCGGGUGUUGUGGAGGUGUUAAAUUCUGUCUCAUACUGUUCAACACCAUUUUUCUGAUUUCAAGUGCUGCGUUAGUUGCUUUUGGUAUAUGGGCUAAGGUGGAGAAAAAUUUCGUCAGUUUGCAGAAUUUGGUAGACUAUGGGACAGGUGACAGGACCCUACGCAACACUGGCUCGGUGUUGAUAGGAUUUGGGUUCUUUUUCGUGAUUGUCAGUGCUUUUGGAUGUCUUGCUGUGUGCCGAGCUCAAAAGAAGUAUUUAAUCAUUUUGUAUACUCUCCUUCUUUUUGUGAUAUUAUGCUGCGGCAUUGCUGUUGCUGUUGCCUAUGGUGUCUUCAAAGGAAAGAUAGAUAGUGACCUGGCGGAUGCCCUCAACAAAACAGUUAAUGAGUAUGAACAGGGAACUGACCUUGCAACAGACUGGGAUUAUAUGCAAACUUGGAUGAAAUGCUGUGGAUCGGCUGGACCUAAAGAUUACACAAAUGUAAAGUUCCAUGAUAAAGAGAUGCACGUCCCCAACACAUGCUGUGUUUUGACCAACAGUGACCCGAAACACCCGAACCCUGAGAACGAAAAGAGAUGUCAACAAGAUGCAUACAUGUAUCAACUAGGAAAUAUCACAUCAUCUCAAACUCUUCACACAAUCGGAUGCUACGAAAGUCUUGGAGAUUUUAUAGCCUCUAAGCUCGGGAUAAUUAUUGGUGUCGGUGUUGCAAUAUCUACGCUGCAGAUUCUUGGUAUCUGUCUGGCAAUCGGACUAUGCAUCAACGACGAUUACAGAAGGUUUUAAGCAUGGUUAAGACGAUCCAGCAUAAACAUCAUUAUUCCUGCGCACGCAGCUUUCAUAGGAAUUUUAUGCAUUAAAGAAGAGAGGAUAAUUCGUCACUGCUAAAAGACCUUUUAUAAAAUAACUUAGGACCUUACAUGUACCAUAAGCGCUUAUGACUAUAAACAUUUUUACUCAAUACAAUAUGGCUAGUUCAGAGUUAGUGAGCGCAUGUAACUAAUGUUAACUAAAUUCUGUGAUAUUUGUCAUCUUACCUUUUGCGCUGCCCAGCAAGAAUUUAGUUGUGCCCUAAACUCGGCAACAAUGUACAAGUAAAGUAUAACGGUGUGUAGGUUUGUUCAUUGAACUCAGCUACGAAUAAGUCUCAAUAUAAGUUUGAAUUGUGUUAACACUGAACUCAGUGAUAAGUUUGUUCUUUGUUAACACUGAACUCGACGAGGAAUAAGUCUCAAUAUAGGUUUGUUCUGUAUUAACACUGAACUUGGUGAUCAGUUUGUUCUGUGUAAACACUGAGCCCGACGAGGAAUAAGCCUCAAUAUAAGUUUGUUCUUUAUUAACACUGAACUCGGCUAGGAAUAAGUCUCACUUACAAAUGAAGUAUAUUAAUGUAUAAGUUUGUUCUGUGUAAAUACUGAACUCGGCUAGGCAGGUUUAGGCGCAGUUGAAGCAUAUGUUAUGUGUUAACACUUAUUUCGGCAAAGAAUAAGUUUAUAUUACAAUACUUUAUUUUAUAGACUAGAGAGAAGUAGUAGUGAACGCUUAACUAUGCUAGGAAUAAGUUUCAUCUAAAUAGGAAAUAUGACAGGAUGUGAAUACGUUUUGUAUCAUCACUAAGCUCGACUAGGAACAAACCUCAGAUAUACUAGUAGUUAUGUCUCCCACCACACAGUGGUGUGGGAGACACAUUGAUUUACUCCUGUCUGUGUCUGUGUCUGUCAAUCACAAAUCUUGUCCGCACUCUAACUCAAAUAUUUCUCAUCCGAUAUUCACCACACUUGAACAAAAUGUGUUUGUCAACUUCCUCAGCCAAGUUCGAUAACUAGCGAAAUCGGCCCAGGUUCAAAAUGAAGUAUGUUUUGGCUAAGAUAUAUUUUGCAUUUUAUGAAUAUCUUUGUGAAUUUACUGCUUUGCACUGUUUAAAGAACAGCAAUGUAGAGAGUUUCCUAUUACGCAACUGUUGUACAAGUUUCAAGUUAUAGUUUUAUAGUUUUUUUUAGAAAUCUCGUUAUCUUGUUAUCCUUAAAAAUGGCCCUUAGAUGUGAAGACCUAAUUUUGGCGGCCAUAUUUGAAUGUUCUGGAGAAAUUGUGACAUUUCUGUGUCAAUUCUUUGACACUUCAUUCAGAUACUUUAGAUCAUUAUUUGUAAUUUGAAAUAUACCGAUAAGGUGUAGUUUUUACUCUAGUUUAUGUUUAUGUAAAUAGUUUUUGAUAACAUUCAUUCUAUUUCUUGCAUUUGUUGAGAAGAGUUUUGCAUAUUUGGGAAAGUAUUACUGACUAAUCAGAUAGCAGCAUUUUUAAUGCUUGUCAGUUAAUAUGGGCUUAUCAGUUACUUCUUUGUUCUUCAAGUUGGACUGGAUUGGAAAUUAUAUGGAAUAUAGAGCCAAUUUUAGGAUACUUUAGCCUUUAUAUUUAUUGCAGAAAUAAAAUUUAACUUUGAAGUUUUAUCAUACUUUUUGUUGUCUCAGAAUAUACUGGAACUUGUUUGAAUUUAAUCUUGAACAGUUGCGGAAAUUUCUGACAAUAUUUACACAAUUUUUAUGCUAAGGAAAUUGCAGAAUUUGUGUAUCAUUUGAAUUGUAGAAUUUGUAGUUACGAAUGUUUGUUUAUGAGUGAAAUUUAGAUUUUAAUAGAUUUAUAAAACUAGA